AUGCUGGGCUCGGGGGCGCCCGCGGAGGAGGAGACGGCGUUCGGGUCGCUGCAGAUCGCCACCACCUCCUCCGCCUUGACGAAGAGGAAGCGCCGGCCGGCGGGUACUCCAGACCCAGACGCUGAGGUGGUGUCCCUGUCGCCGCGGACGCUGCUGGAGUCUGACCGGUACGUGUGCGAGAUCUGCAACCAGGGGUUCCAGCGCGACCAGAACCUGCAGAUGCACCGGCGGCGGCACAAGGUGCCGUGGAAGCUGCUGAAGCGGGAGGCCGGGGAGGCGGCGCGGAAGCGGGUGUUCGUGUGCCCGGAGCCGAGCUGCCUGCACCACGACCCUGGCCACGCCCUGGGCGACCUGGUCGGGAUCAAGAAGCACUUCCGGCGCAAGCACAGCGGCAGCCGGCAGUGGGCCUGCGCGCGCUGCUCCAAGGCCUACGCCGUCCACUCCGACUACAAGGCCCACCUCAAGACCUGCGGCACCCGCGGCCACUCCUGCGACUGCGGCCGCGUCUUCUCCAGGGUGGAGAGCUUCAUCGAGCACCAGGACACGUGCAACGCCGGCUGCCCCCAGCCGGGGCCGGACGGGUCGGCGCCGGUGUCUGGAGCAGCGGCUGCCCCGUCGUCGCAGCAGCAGCAGAUGCAGGUGCCGCCGCCCGCGGUGUCCCUGUCCCGGUCCCGGACCGCGUCCAGCACCAGCCCGUCCAGCGACGUCGUCGCCAGCCCCGUGGCCUGGCCCGGCGCCGCGGCAAUGCGGAGCGCCGCGUUCCACCGGUUCGACCACCAGGUGCCGUCGCCACGGACGCCGCCAUCCGAGGCCCGUGGCGUCGGGCACAACCUCGAGCUGCAGCUCAUGCCGCCGUCCAGCUGCAGCAGCGGCGCCGGCUGGACCGCUACGCCUCGGCCUGCAAUGCCGCCAUCACGCUACGCGACACCACACUCCCCGCAGCCACCCAUCUCGAAGCGAGACGCUGACGCCGCCAUGCAGCUGCAACUCUCCAUCGGCAUCCGCACCGGCGGCAGCCGUGGGGAGCCCAAGCCCUUGCCCUCGAGGGGCGACGUGGCGGACCCCGGCAGCGCGGCGGCCAGGGCGACGCAGGAGGCCCGCGAGGAGCUGCGGCGGGCGAUGGCGGAGAAGGCGGCGGCGGACGAGGCGCGCGCGCAGGCGAAGCGGCUGGGGGAGCUGGCCGAGCAGGAGCUGGCCAGCGCCAAGCGCAUGCGGCACCAGGCGCAGGUCGAGCUCAGCCGCGCGCACGCCAUCCGCGAGCACGCCGUGCGCCAGGUCAACGCCACGCUGCUGCAGAUCACCUGCUUCAGCUGCCGGAACAAGUUCCGGGCCACGAGGCCGCCGCCCGCUGCCGUGCCCUCCGAGGUGGCAUGCAGCUACGUGUCCACCUCCGUCCUGACCGAGGGCGGCGACGCCGAGGUCGACGAGCCCCUCGUCCUCCACGGCAUGCGCCGCCGCUAG